AAAGUCUAGACAACUCUUUAAACAACUCAAAAACUCGCGCUCACUUCUCACUUGUUCUCAGUUCUCAGUUCUCAAUUCUCAGUUGCGCUUACACGCGUUUACUCCCGCAUACUUGGGACUUGGGCUUAGGCGACUCAGCCCGUCAGCCGCUCAGUCGACUAUCGAGAACUAUCGAGUCCUCAAGGCUCUAUACAUAAUUAAUUUUCUCUUUUUUAAUACACACAUAAUUAUUUUAAAAAGUUAUAAUAAAUGUAUCACCUACAACACUCUGCUGCACCCUUUUAUUACUUUUUUUUAUUAUUGUUUUUAUUAUACCUAAAAGUGUUAUCACAAAUUUAAAAAUAUUUUAUGAAUAUUGGAUCUUCAAUAUUUUACUUCAAAAAGGUGACUGAAGAAACCCUGGAUGCUGUGGCCUACGUUGGGGGAUGAUGGGCUGAGUCCCUCGUUGCCUCAAGGGCCUCCUCCUCUUCCUCCACCUCAUUUACCCCCUCAUCGGGUCAAUAAAACACCGUGUAAACUUGGCCCAUUAUUAUUGUGCACACCUUGCAAGCCGGUUACACAGAAAAAGCAUGAUACCACUCAGUGGUACUUUCACCAGCCCACGUGGCGUUUAUGGGGCGAGGAAAGAUGUGAUGGAGUUAUUUAUACAGUGUACCUGAAGAAAGUAAGAUAUCAUCGACCAACAAAAAGUAUUACAACAUCAGAUUCAGACGAUGAAAUUUCACAUCUUGAAUGGGAGACAGUGCGUGUACGAUUUUUAAAAGCCGGAACAGUAAAGAAAUUAGUUGAAAGUCUUGCUAAUGAUGAUGGAGAAUUGGAAUCAACUUAUAUAAAUGUAUUUUUAGCAACAUAUCGUGCAUUUACAACUCCAAGGGAAGUAUUAGAACUACUUUUGACACGUUACGAUGAUCUUAAUGACAGUAAAAAUGGUCAAACUACAGAGCAGCAUCGUAAAACUUUGAUACAGGCAUUACAUGUAUGGUUGGAUGCUUAUCCAAGUGAUUGGAAAUCACCACCAAAUCAUCAACUUCUUACAAGAUUACUUGACUUUACACAUCGAAGACUGCCUGGGUCGGAAUUAGAACUUAAAACAAGACAUCGUCUUCAUAGGUUUCAGUGUCAAGAUGAAAUUGAUAAUUGUAUAAUUUAUGAAAAUGGUGGGAGAUUUAAUGGGCCAGUAAAUAAUAAAGUAGAAAUAGGAGCCGUAGCCGUAGCCGCAGCAGCAGCAGCAGAGUCAUUUGGUAGUGAUGAUAACCUAUCAGAUGGAGGAUAUAAAUUUCCUGAGGUACCACAUCGUCAUUUUGCUGAACAGUUGACACGUAUGGAUGCUGAUGUGUUUAAAAAAUUAAUAGCACAUCAGUGUUUAGGUGCCGUAUGGUCACGACGUGAUAGAUCACGCAGUCAUGAUGCUGCAACUGUAUUGGCAACUGUUAAUCAAUUUAAUGCCGUAUCAUUACGAGUAAUAUCAACAAUUUUAAUUGAUCCAUCAAUAAAAUCACAAGAACGUGCUAAAAUAAUUGAAACUUGGAUUGAUAUUGCUCAAGAACUGAGGAUAUUAAAAAAUUUUAGUAGUUUAAAAGCUAUAGUUUCUGGAUUACAAAGUAAUCCGGUUUAUAGAUUAGAAAAAUGUUGGCAAUAUAUCCCACGUGAUAAAUAUGAAAUUUUUAUGGAGCUAGAGAGAAUUUUUUCGGAAGAAAAUAAUGCUUGGACCCAACGAGAAUUAUUAAUAAAAGAGGGUACUGCUAAAUUUGCCGAUACUGCUGGAAGAAGUGAUCGACAUUUGCAAAAAAUAUUCCAAAAACAAAAUACUCAUGCCGGUAAAAUAUCAUAUGGUACUAUACCGUAUCUUGGGACAUUUUUAACAGAUUUAACAAUGAUUGACACCGCUAUACCUGAUACAGUAGCUGAAGGACUGAUAAAUUUUGACAAACGACGAAAAGAAUUUGAAGUACUUGCACGGAUACGUUUACUUCAAGGUGCUGCUAAUGCUUAUAAUUUUACUACAGAUCUACUGUUUGAUCAGUGGUUUCAUUCAAUAAUUGUUCUUGAUGAUCGUGAAGCUUAUAAACUCAGUUGUCAAAUAGAAUCACCACCACCUGGCAAUAAUACUAUUCAACAUCGUAAGAAAAAAAAUCACCAAGGUCAUCGUAAAAAUGAUUCUCUUGCAUCAACUUCCAGUUCAAGUUCAUCUCAAUUUUAUUGUGACCUCGAUUCACUUCCAAGUUCACCCCAUAAUUCACUAGAUAGACGAACAUCACCCUCUCAAAUGUCUAGCUCGUCUUCCAGUUCAUCAUUGCCUUCCUUAGACGUCAGUUUAGGUUCUGGCGAAGGAGGUAACAAUAACAUAAAUAAUAAUAAUAUUAAUAAUGGAACAAUGUUAAAUAUAACUAGCAAUGGUAGUAGUACACAAAAUUUAAUUGGUUUAUCAAGUCCAAGUAAUUCACAUAAAAUUUCACCAGACUUUUAUAUUAUUAAAGUAACUAUUGAAACAGAUAAUGUUGAAACUGAAGGUGUUAUUAUGUAUAAAUCAAUAAUGUUAUCUAAUAAUGAACGUACACCACAGGUUAUAAGAAAUGCAAUGUUAAAAUUAUGUAUUGAAGGUAGUCCAGAUCAAUAUACACUUGCCCAAAUAUUACCUGAUAGAGAAAUGGUAUUACCUAGUUCGGCAAAUGUUUACUACGCAGUUAAUACUCAGCAUAAUCUUAAUUUUAUACUUAGACCACGUAAAGAUUUAAAUGACAGUGUCCUCCUCGACAGUCCAAAAAAUAAAUCUAAUAGUAAAAGAUGAUAAAAGAUAACAUAUAAUUAAUUAAUUAAAUAAUUUUAGGUGAGAUAAAUAAUCAUGCAAACAUUAUUAAUUUUAUAACAUAUAAUAAUGGUUGUCAAUGUAUCACCUAAAUCAUCAUAACAAACUAUUUAUUUUUAAAGUUAACUAAUUAUCGGGACUUUAGCUUAUUAAUUUGUGUGUGUUAUUAUUUUAUCCAUUGAUAAAAAAAAAUUAUUGUUGUUAUUGUUAUUGAUAGAUCAAGUAAUUUCAAGUUGUUUAAGUUUUUUGUUGUCUAUUUAUUGAUUACUUGAUUAGUAAUUGGUUAUCAAUUACUGAUUUUACUUAAAACAACACACACACACACACACACACACACACACACACACACACACACACACACACACACACACACACACACACACACACACACAAAUAAAGGUAGUGUCGCUCUUGCCGUUGAUUUUAUUACUUGGUACAUUAAUUGAUAGUAUGUAUACCUAUUAAACAACAAUAUAUAUAAUUAUACAGUUAAUAUAAUCAAUCUAGUAUUAUUUUCUGCAUGACAAUAAUUAAUCAUUAAAUAAAAUAUAAAUUAACAUUAAUGUUGACCAUUUUAUCAUCACUUCAAUACAUGACAUUUAAUGAAGACCAAAAUUACAAUAAACCAUAUACACACACAUAUUUAUAUAUAUAUUAAAAUUUUCUAUGACUUUAACUUAUUAUAAAACGAAAUGAAAAAGAAAAAAAAGACGAUAAUAAUAAUAAUAAUAAUAAUAAUAAUAAGUAGUAUAUUCAAUUUAAUUAACGUAUAAAUGUAAAUGAUUAAAAAAAAAAAAAAUAAUUUUUUGUAAAUACUUGUACGAAAUUAAAAUUAUAAUCAAUUAUGUAAUAAUAAAUCAUAUCAACAAUAUUGUAAUAAUUAUAAAAGAAAAAAAAGUUUGUUUAAUGGUGAACCGUACGGAAUUCUGUGAUACUGGAAUCUCUAAAAAAGUAUAAUAUUCGGCUUAUAUAAUUGUAUAAAUAUAUAAAUAAUAAUAAACUAAGAAAAAAAACUUGUACU